CCGCUCCUCCCGUAACGUUUCUUCCUCCCAUUCCGUUUCAUACUCAGCCGGCCGUGGAUUCCAAACCUCUCUCUCAGCCAUCACGUCACGCCUCUCUCUACCGCCACUCUUCUCUCAGCCUCUCUCAGUCGCCGCCAUCACGCAGCAAAUCGGAGAUCCCAUUCGCUCGCAGCGUCCACCUCUUCAUCUCGUAUAGCUCUGUCUCUGUCUCUCUCUCAGCGAAGUGGCAAAGAUGGAUGCAUCAACAGUGUUAUAUAACCAGCUCAAGGCAGCAGAACCAUUUUUCUUAUUAGCGGGUCCCAAUGUGAUUGAAUCCGAAGAGCACAUUUUCCGGAUGGCCAAGCACAUAAAGCAUGUUGCAACAAAAGUUGGAUUGCCACUGGUUUUCAAGUCAAGCUUUGACAAAGCCAACCGUACAUCCUCAAAAUCAUUCCGUGGUCCUGGCCUCACUGAAGGCUUAAAGAUCCUUGAAAAGGUUAAAGUAGCAUAUGACAUCCCUAUAAUUACAGAUGUGCACGAAGCUAGCCAGUGUGAAGAAGUUGGUAAAGUUGCAGACAUUAUUCAGAUUCCUGCAUUUUUGUGCCGCCAGACAGAUCUUCUAGUUGCAGCAGCCAAGACUGGAAAAAUUAUCAACAUUAAGAAAGGCCAAUUCUGUGCACCUUCAGUCAUGGUAAAUUCUGCUGAGAAGGUUAGACUGGCUGGAAAUCCAAACGUGAUGGUCUGUGAAAGGGGAACUAUGUUUGGCUAUAAUGAUUUAAUUGUUGAUCCGCGCAAUUUGGAGUGGAUCAGAGAAGCUAAUUGUCCUGUUGUUGCUGAUGUAACACAUGGAUUGCAACAGCCUGCUGGGAGAAAGUUGGAUGAUGGAGGUGUAGCCAGUGGUGGUCUUCGUGAAUUGAUUCCGUGCAUUGCAAGGACAGCAGUUGCUGUUGGAGUGGAUGGAAUUUUCAUGGAGGUACAUGAUGAUCCUUCUAACGCGCCGGUUGAUGGUCCAACUCAAUGGCCCUUGCGCCAUUUGGAGGAACUGCUGGUAGAGCUUGUAGCAAUUGCUAGGGUAAGCAAGGGGAAGCAACGCUUCAACAUUGAUCUCACACCCUAUCGUGAUUAGAAGACUUGAAGCUACACUAUUGGUAUACGCCUGUGUUCAAGGAAUACAUGUUAAAGUGAUAGCUAGCUCUGUAGGGGGUGACAUUUUGCCACACCCACUGGAUGAGCUGGUGAUAAUGUUUGUGCAGACCAGGAUCACAUAUGAGAUAAGAUGAUGUCCUUCGCCGGGCUAUGCCAUCAUUUAUUUAUCAUUGUAUUCAUGAAUUCAUAGCAGUUUGAAGGGUUUAUGAAAUAAUUAUUUUUGUUUUCUUCAAU